AUGCGGCGCUUGAUAUCAUACAUGGCGGCGCUAGCCCCGCUACCAAGCCCUAUAGCGCAAGCCACGGCAACCAUUCCGUCCUAUGUCUACGACUACGCCCCUCUAGUCUGGCUACACAGCCAAGACGCAUAUCGACCCGGCGAUUUACAGGCACUACUUGAUCAUACCACGCCAGAGGUUAAUUGGACCGCCAUUCAGGGUGCACCGUCACCCUUGACACUGGAUAAUCUCGAUCAGCUGAAUCAGCUGGGAAACACGAGUGUGUAUUUGACAUCCCAUGAGGGUAUCGCUGCUAGUCCGGAGCCAGCUUGGUUCCGGGGUAUCGCGCCAGAUGCAGAGGGACGGAUUGGCGAUGCCACUGGGUGUGCGGUUAUCGUUGUGGACCAUGGGAAAGGGAGUGUUGAUGCGUUUUACUUUUAUUUUUACCCGUAUAACAAGGGUGACAUGGUACUAGGUAUGGAAUUUGGCGAUCACGUCGGUGACUGGGAACACAACAUGAUCCGCUUCGCCAACGGCACCCCGCAAGCGAUAUGGUUCAGCCAACACGCCAGCGGCCAAGCCUUUACCUACAACGCCCUCGAAAAGAAAGGCAAACGACCCAUCGCCUACUCCGGCAACGGGACACACGCCAACUACGCCGUAAAAGGCCAACACGACCACACAAUCCCAGGCCUAAAUCUCCCCACGGGCUUCCUCCUCGACUACACAGACCGCGGCAUCCUCUGGGAUCCCACUCUCAACGCCUACGCCUACACGUACAACCCCGAAACGGGCGAGUUCACCCCGUCGGACCCGGACGUCCCCGUCGCCUGGUUGCAAUUUAAUGGCCGCUGGGGUGAUGACCAGCCACCCGGGGAGCCGACGAUUUUCGGGGAGGCUAAGUAUGUUGCUGGACCGGAUGGGCCGAGGUUCAAGGGGUUGGAUCGGAAGUUGGUGUGUCCGUCGAAGCCGUGUGUUGUGUUGCCGUUUAGGAUUUUUGCGGAGUAG